CCCGAGUCCACUUACAUUCCCGAUGCCAUCCGGUGCUGCCGUUGCUUCCGCCGGAAUGGAGAGGGAGCCGGAGCCCGAUCAGCCCAAGGCCGGCGGCCACCGCAAGCACCAGGCCAUGCUCGAGCGCCUCUCCAAGAGGUCCUCCUCCUCCGCCGCCGCCGCGCCCUCCUCGGACUCCACCGGCGCCUCCCCCGUCGAGGCCUUCCUCUCCCGCUUCGCGGCCGCCAAGCUCGCCGCGGAGUCGGCCCUCUCCGCCUGCCGUGCCUCCCCCGACGACGUGCCCGCCUCCCUCGCCGCUGCAGCCGCCGCCAUCGACGACCUCGACCGCCUCGUCGCCGAGGCGUCCCACGCCCUGCCCCCCUACGAGCUCCGCUCCGCCCUCGCCGCUGCCGCCGACCUCCGCGCCGCCCACAGGGUUGUCGCCGACGAUCUGCGGCCCAAGAAGUCCUUCUCCUUCAGGAACAAAAGCAGGGCCCCCAAGAACCCACCUCAGGAUCCCCCCACCAUGCCGCCACCGCCGCCGCCACCGGAGCAGCCAAAGCCUGGUCUUGACUCGAUCUUGCUGGGGUUCGGGUUCCGGGGCAGGAACGGCGCCACCUUGGUGAAGGAUCUGAGGGUCUCCAACGACAAAGAUGGGGAUUUCUCGCUCGCGGAUUUGGUUUCCUGCGAGGUCUAUCUCAAGGGCAAAUGCCGGGCGCUCUACGUCCACAAGCUGAGGGAUUGCCGUGUGUUCGUCGGCGCUGUUCUUGGCUCGGUGCUCAUUGAGGAUGUCGAAGGUUGCACAUUUGUAAUGGCAGCACAUCAGAUCAGGAUUCACGAGGCACGGGCGACGGAUUUCUACUUGCGGGUGAGGAGCAGGCCGAUCAUUGAGGAUUGCAGUGGCGUGAGAUUUGCACCGCAUGCUUUGAAGUAUGAAGGGAUCGAAGAGGAUUUGAGGGAGUCUGGGCUCGAGGAGGAGACUGGUAACUGGGUCAAUGUGGAUGACUUCAAGUGGCUCAGGGCAGUGCACUCGCCGAAUUGGUGUUUGGUUCCAGAGGAAGAACGGAUGCAGAUUGUCGACAUAUCGGAGAUUCGUGAGCUGGAGGAUGAUAGCUGAGCUGCUUGGGAGGGUUUGCUGUCAGCUCUAAGUUUGGUCUAUCGUUCUGUAUUGGUUAUUGAAUUUUUAUGUGUUGCUUAUGGGAGCUAAGUUUGUUUUUAAGUUUGUACCAAGAGCUUGCUGAAUUCAGAAUGUGAAGCAUGAAAACUUUACCGUGUCUAAACAAGGUGUUAUUUCA